GUGCCCGUGAGGCGCCGGAGCCCGGGCGUGGCGGGUCUCUCCCCGUUCCCUUCUCUGGUUCCCGCUCCCCUCCCGGGCUCUUUCCCGUUCCUGAGCUUGUUCCCGCUCCCGCCAUGGCCACCGCGCGGGCACCGGCGGCGCGCGGUGCGGCCCGGCCCCCCGAGCCCCCCAAGGCCAAGCCCACCGAGGAGGCCGAGGCUGCCCCGGCCAAGCGGGCGCCCAUCUUCUACGGGAGCCUGGAGGAGAAGGAGCGGGAGCGCCUGGCCAAGGGCGAGACGGGGCUGCUGGCCAAGGAGGCCAUGAAGGCUGCCAUGGAGGCCGGCAACAUCAACAUCAGCAGCGGGGAGGUGUUUGACCUGGAGGACCACAUGAGCGAGCGGCAGGCCGAGGUGCUGGCGGAGUUCGAGCGCCGCAAGCGCGCCCGGCAGAUCAACGUGUCCACGGACGACUGCGAGGUCAAGGCCUGCCUGCGGGCCCUGGGCGAGCCCAUCACGCUCUUCGGAGAGGGUCCUGCGGAGCGCAGGGAGAGGUUAAGGAACAUCCUCUCGGUGGUCGGCACAGACGCGUUAAAAAAGACCCGGAAAGAUGAUGACAGGUCCAAAAAGUCCAAAGAAGAGUAUCAGCAAACCUGGUACCACGAGGGCCCUCGCAGUCUGAAAACAGCCAGGCUGUGGCUGGCCAACUACUCACUCCCCAGGGCAGCGAAGCGGCUGGAGGAGGCCCGGCUGCUCAAGGAGGUUCCCGAGGCCACCAGGACAUCCCAGAGGCAGGAGCUGCACAAAUCCCUGCGGUCCUUGAAUAACUUCUGCAGUCAGAUUGGGGACGAUCGCCCGCUGUCCUACUGCCACUUCAGCCCCAACUCCAAACUGCUGGCCACAGCCUGCUGGAGUGGGCUGUGCAAGCUCUGGUCUGUGCCUGACUGCAACCUGGUUCACACCUUACGAGGACACAGCACCAACGUGGGGGCAAUCGUGUUCCACCCCAAGGCCACGGUGUCCCUGGACAAGAAGGAUGUGAGCCUGGCCUCGUGUGCAGCUGAUGGCUCUGUCAAACUCUGGAACCUGGAAAGUGAUGAGCCGGUGGCAGACAUCGAGGGACACAGCAUGCGAGUGGCCCGUGUGAUGUGGCACCCCUCAGGGAGGUUCCUGGGCACCACCUGCUACGAUCACUCGUGGCGCCUGUGGGACCUGGAGGCGCAGGAGGAGAUCCUGCACCAGGAGGGGCACAGCAAGGGGGUCUACGACAUCGCCUUCCACACCGACGGCUCCCUCGCCGGCACCGGGGGCCUGGAUGCCUUUGGCCGCGUGUGGGACCUGCGCACGGGCCGCUGUAUUAUGUUCCUGGAAGGGCACCUGAAGGAGAUCUACGGGAUCAACUUCUCCCCAAACGGGUACCACGUGGCCACGGGCAGUGGGGACAACACCUGCAAGGUGUGGGACCUGCGGCAGAGGAAGUGCAUCUACACCAUCCCUGCCCACCAGAACCUGGUCACCGGCGUCAGGUUUGAACCCAACCACGGGAAUUUCCUGCUCACGGGCGCCUACGACAACACGGCCAAGAUCUGGACCCACCCUGGCUGGUCCCCGCUGAAGACACUGGCGGGGCACGAGGGGAAGGUGAUGGGCCUGGACAUCUCCCUGGAUGGGCAGCUCAUUGCCACCUGCUCCUACGACAGAACUUUCAAGCUCUGGACAGCCGAGUAGCUCAGAGGGGCCAGUUAUGGACUGGGAUGGGGACAUUGAUGACUUUUGGUUGCUUUUUUAUAUUAAAGAAAAAAAAACAGGAA